CGAGGUUCGCCCAUUUAUGAGAACCGGUACAAUUCAUUUCAUCUUAUUCGGCGGUUUCUGAUUUCUCAAUCGAAGGUUGUCUUUACCUUUUUAACACUCCAAAAAGAGAUACAAAAUGAAAUAUUGGGAAAUUUAUGUGCAUUUCCAGAUCAAAAUCCCAUUUUUGCUCAAAUUUUGCAAUCAAUAACCUUGCACAAUCUCAUUCCCCACCUCUGCUUUGUUCUUAGUUGUUCAGUUUUCAGGCAGUAACUUCCGGCGGGUGGUGGAUGUAUUUGUUAAUUGGUAGAUGCAUCUUGUGAGGUCAUCUGAAAGAUGGAUCUUGAGAACAAAAAUUUUGGAAGGGGCGACAAAGAACUUGGAGGUACUCGUGAUAUCAUAAAUCAAUAUAGGCUUUUGCCAUACUAUGAGUUCUUCUGCAAGAGGUCACUUCCGAAGUCAAUUCAAGAGACACAUUAUCUUCACAAUGUGGUGGGUAACACAAAAAUCAGGAAGGGAGAAGGAAUGGAGCUGGAUCAGCUCUGUAAGAACACUGACACAAGCGAGAAAAAAGCUGCCUUAUGUCCUUUUGACUUGGAUGUACUAACUGAAGCCUUCCAUAUGAGGGAAAUGAAUCCAGUCCACCUUUCUUCUAAGGGGCUUCCAAAUGCAGUGACCAUGUUAGAGAACCAGUCUAGAGAUCAUGAGAGGAAGAAUAAAAAGAUCAAAGACAAGUGUGAAAAGUAUAGGAAGCAGAAACGCAGACAACAUCGAGUAAAUGAUGGAAGUUGUAUAGAAAACAUCAGAAUUAGACCCCAUGAUCCUCGUAUCUUGCAAUUGAAAAAUCAACAAGACAAGAAAAGGAAGGCAGAUACAAGCAAUGGUCCUUCUGUUUGCAAGCGAUGAAAUACAGAAUGAGACGCAGAAUUUUAUUUUUCUCUCUCUGGAAAUAUGUGAUCAAAUCAGAAGAUGACAGUGUUUUUGUCAUAUCUAACAUUUUGCUGUUCUCUUCUACCCUUAAUCUCUCAUUACAUGUUUUGAUUUCUAUUUGGCUCGUCUAGAUACUGAAUUUCUAUUGUAGAUGGGGUCAAGGCAUGGAUAAUCAAUUUUAAGCGGGAACAAAAGCAUUUCAUGUUCUACAGUUUGUUUAUUUAGAGCAUAUCAUUAAAUUGUAAUUAAAGCAUUAUCAUUUUCUAUUUGACUUUUA